CCCACCUGUCGCCUCCACAUCAAGGAGGUUUCCACAAUUCAUCCACGCCUUGAGGCCAACAACAUUCGCUUUGUUGGAAUCGGUGUGGAAGAGCUUGGAGUAGAAGACUUUGUCAAGGGGGGAUUUUUUCCUGGAGAGCUGUAUAUUGACACCAAAAAACAGUGCUACAAAGACCUGGGCCUCAAGAGAUUGAACAUUUUUUCGGGAAUUGGAGCCAUCUUUGCAAAGACAACAAGAGAUGGUUUAGCCAAGGCAAAGGAGCAGAACAUUGAUGGGAAUAUGAAGGGUGACGGGUUUCAGAAUGGCGGCGCGCUAGUUGUAAAAGCCGGUGGAAAAGAAGUAAUAUACAGUUACAAACAAGAGGACCCUGGCCUGUAUGUCCAGCCUAAUGAUAUUCUGAAGGCCCUUGGGCUGGAAGAGACAAAGGAGGCACCCAAAGUGGAGGAGGCCUCAGGGGGAGGAUGAUCAUAAUGAAAGCCUGUGUUGAGCCCCCCUUAAUGGGGAAAUCCAAAGGGAGGUUCCACAGGCUUAAUUUUAGACACCAUCUGAAAGCUUCAUUGUUGUAAAUUUCUGUGAUUCAUAAUCAGAUAUUGGAAAUUCUAGAAAGGUUGAAUGUUAUCAUUAUGAAAAUGCACUGAAAUAGUUGGAUUUUCCACUUUCAUUCUUUAAGUUUCAGAUACAUUGUGCAUCUUGACAUAAUUAUGAGUGUCAUUAUUUUUUCAUUGUUCAAUGUUCUUAAAACCAAGUCCCAAAAACUAGCCUAAUUUUUUUUAAAGAAUAUGUAUGACAUGUGUUUUGUCUAAAUGAAAUUUUUCCCAUUUAAACAUCUUAUUUUUCUGUUGUGUUGUAAAAGGAGGUGGUUAAGUAUGGUCUUUAAUACCUUGCAUUUGUUGUUCUUUUAACAGCCAGUAUGUUCGAAAAAUUUGUAACUUCACAGGUUUUCUAUCUAUUAAGAAGGCUCGAUGGUCGUGACCAUUUUAAGACUUUAUUGCACUCCUUUAGAAGAAGAGCUCUAUAUGAAAAUAUAGGAAAACAUUAAAAUUUGAAUGAGAAAAUAUAUGAGUUUUUCUUCAUUAAAUAAUAGUUAAUAGCUUAAGAAAUCAUAUCUUAAGAUUUUAAGGUAUAUCUGAUGGUUAGUUUUGUUGAACAUCCAGCCUUCUUAAAAUCAGUGAAACAGGAAGUGAAACUUGUGGAGCAGACAAUGACUUUACAGUGUUAUUUGUACACAUGUUUGUCAGUUACAUUGAUGGUGCGUGUGAAGAGAAGGACUUAGGGCCGGAUGUUAAAUGAAGUCAUUAUCCGCUAACCAUGUCAAUGGGGGAUAACGACGGAGGGGAAAUAUCCGUCCAUAAGAACUCCUCUUCUCACCACUUCAAAUUUCAUUCAGAGAAAUGCCUUACGAUUGAAGAUGCAAUCCCUUUUUCAUACUUUUAUAUACUAGUAUAUCAGAAAUUUAUGUUAUACAUUAAUUAGAUAGAUUUUACUUAUAGCCUUUAUAUAUAAGCUUCAGGUAAAUGUUUUUAAUAUUAUAUAAUGCCAUAUAUAUAAUUACGUGAUAAUUAUGCAUUCCUGUGUCCGAAUAUACUCUUGAUGCGAUUUAUUGUUUGAAGAUGUGUUUUUUCCAAGAAAUAUCGAAUCAUUUUAAUCUUCUCUCAGGGGUCUUUAUGUAAACAUGAAUUUUGAUAGCAAAAUUUCUGAACGCAUGAAGUCAUAAUUAUGAAAUUUUAUGAAACAAAAGAAUUAUGAUGGAAGGAUAUCAGAAUUUGAUGUCAAAAUUCACUGUUCCUAAUUACAUUUGAUUUUAAAAGGAUCAAUUGUUAAUCUAGCUUAGUCCUACAAUAUCAUUUAAAAUCAAAUGUUAUCUAUG